GUCCCUUGACGGAGGUGAAAGUCUUGGAGGGGCAAGGUGAUCCUGCCGUGUGAUGUGUCGCCUUCCAUCGCAGACGACGACACUAUACUAGUCCUCUUUUACCGAGGUUCCUUCAAGACGCCCAUCUACAGCAUCGACGGGCGGAGCGGGCCGGUGCGGCGAGGCCAGCACUGGUCAGACGAGAAGGCGCUGGGGCGGCGGGCCUACCUGGAGCUGGCGGGCCGCACGCCUGGGUUAGUGAUAGAGGCUGUGCGCGCCAUGGACCAAGACCUCUACCGCUGCCGUGUUGACUACGACAUUCACCCCACCAGGAAUGUGCGCGUGCAGCUCAAUGUUAUAGUGCCGCCGAAGAGAGUGCGUGUAGUUGGCGAGGCGGGGGUGGAAGUGAGCGGCGUGAUAGGCCCCUACCCCGUGGGCUCCUCCCUCACCCUGCACUGCCGUGUGGAGAAUGGUCGGCCUCCCCCAAUGGUGACGUGGUGGUCAACGACAACUCUGCUGGACAACGUGAGCGAGGAGCAACGAGGCGACUUCACCGUCAACAACCCUCACCCUGCCGCAACUCACCCGCGCAGACCUCAAGCGUGUCCUCACCUGCCAGGCCGCAAACUCCAACCUGUCGGCCCCCCUCAGCUGUCACCCUCACCAUCGACAUGACCUUUCCGCCGGUGGUGGUGAAGAUCCUUGGCGCCGCAGGGGGAGCUGGUGGAGGGGCGCCACUACAAGGUGGUGUGUGAGGCGUCCGGCAGCCGUCCCAAGGCUGAGAUUACCUGGUGGAAGGACGGCAUGCUCAUGACGGACGCCACCACGCAGGUGUUUCAGGAGGGAAAUGUGAGCCGGUCCACGCUGCAGCUCAAGGCCUCGCUGGCAGAUCACGACAAGACCGUGCUGUGCCGCGCCAAGAACCCGCUCCUGCCCGCCCAGGUGAUCGAGGACGGGCUCAAGCUGGAUGUCAGGUACAAGCCGAGACUUUCCCUGGCGGCUGGACUAAACCUGGACAUGAACGACAUCAAAGAGGGGGACGACGUGUACUUCGAGUGUGGCAUAAAGGCGAACCCCCGAGUGUACAAAGUGCUGUGGUAUCAUGACGGGAAGGAGCUGAGUCACAAUGUGUCCGCCGGGAUCAUCAAGAGCAACCAGAGUCUAGUGCUGCAGCGGGUGAGUCGCCGCUCCUCGGGAUUCUACACUUGCUCCGCCGCGAACCUGCAGGGCUCAGGCGACUCCCGGCCUGUGGAACUCAGCGUCAAGUUUGCUCCCACGUGCCAGGCGGGUCAGAAGGUGGUGUACGGCGCAGGCAAGCACGAGCAACUCAACGUCACGUGCAGUGUGGAGGCACACCCACCGCCGGACUCAUUCAGGUGGGCGUUCAACAGCUCCUCGGAGGUGGAGGAACUGGCCAGCGGGGACGUGCACCGGGUGGAUUCCGAGACAAGUCAGGUGACGUACACUCCGCGCUCACAUCUGCACUACGGCUCCCUCCUCUGCUGGGCCACCAACAUCGUCGCCCGCCAGAUCCAGCCCUGCAUCUUUCACAUCAUCCACGCCUCCCCGCCAGACCCUGUUAACAACUGCACGGUGAAAAAUAUCAGUUCAACGGGUGUGGGCGUGCGGUGCCAGGCGGGGUGGGACGGAGGCCUAGCGCAGACCUUCACCCUCUCCGUGAGUCAAGCAAGGGGGCACACGAGGGGCCAGGACACCAAAAAAGCCCCCAGAGUGCUGGCAAACACUUCCACCUCCCCCCGACCAGAGUUCUCCCUGACGGGCCUCGAGCCGGGCACAGAGUACGUGCUCACCAUCCAUGGCACAAAUAAGAAGGGCCAGAGUGAGCCCGUCAGACUGGCCAUCUUUACCCUCAAGGAUGUGGCGGAGAAGCGCACGAGUCCAGGCGUGGGAGUGGUUGGCCUCGCUCCCAUCGUGGGCGUGGCAGCUGGCGUGGCCAUGUCGGUACUAGUGACAUGUGUGGUAAUGGUCGUGGUGGUGAAGGUGCGACAGCGCUCCGUGCCUCGUCCUGAAGUGAAGAUGGUGUACAUGAAGGGAGCGGACGGACCAUCCCAGGGCAGAGGACAGGAGGAGGCGAGCGAGGGCGGCGACGAUCCUAAUCCAGACCUCAUUCCCGUCAAUCACGACCACCAGGUGAAGGACACAGCUCAGGUGUUCAAGGGGGAGGCAUCCCCUGAAGGCGCCUCGUCCCACGACCAGCGUGAAGACUUCUCCCGUGACAUGGCUCACCCUGACCUGCAGAGUGACUUGCAGCGAGAAGAUCCCCCAGCUGGUCAGUCCUACGGGUCCUUCUACACUCCGCCACUCUCACUCCUGCGGCAGAGAUCAUCACUGCUGUCCCGCGAUGGUGACCCACUCUUGCAGUUGGGUCACGGGCUGGUCUCCUCCUCGCCACCGCCUCCUGCACCCCGCUCGUCCACUUACACUCUCUCGCAUGAUCUCCCUCCCUAUCCCCACAUGUCUUCCACGCCCUCUUCCCCAACAUACCCCAACGAGCUGGCUUCUCUGCACAUAUCCUUUCCCGCAGACACCUCUUACAGCCACCCCUCAGCUUCCAUCUCCCGCACGCAGCCGCUAUUACCUGUUUCUUAUAGGAACCAGUUUUCCACACUUCCUUCGCGCUCCUAUGCCCAUCAUCGCUUUAGCUUAGGGCAGAACGAAAUCUUGGGGCGCGUUACACCUGCUCUGUCUUCAGUAAGACGCCGCGGUUCCACUUCUAUGGUCGCCGGAAGUCCCGAAAGAGAGAUGACGCUGGCCCAGUUGAUAGACCCUAAAACCGGGCUGGACUUUGGUUCCAGCCAGCGGGAGAGUUCUGUGUAGACGGGAAACUAUAUAAUGCGGCAUCAUUUUGAAAAAGCAAGAUUAUCUGAGGAACCACCGUGUGUGUAGACUACGUAGAGUCUACAGGGAUGAGCUACAGCUGAUGUAGUCCACUCCGAAGCGUAGAUAUCAAGACAAAUUUAUCUUUCAGAAUUAGGACUGUAAAAAUAAUUAAGCCUUAGUUGAUUUUUUUUCUUUUCUUUUUUACUUUAAGAAAACCUAAAUUUGAAAAAUAGAUAAAUAAAUAAAUAAAUAUAUGGUCCGGGCGGGUUGUCAGUUCCCUCUACGACUGGCAUCAAAACAUGUCAUCCUGUACUGCCGAGGGACGGUCAGUGGGCAUGCUUUGUGUAAGAAAAGAAAUCGGUGGUGCCAAAGUGUUCUAGGCUGUGUUGGUUUGUGAAGUGUGUCUUGGAUGUACUGUUCUUAAAAGAUGUGUUUUAUCAAGAGACCUAAGCAAUUUGUGUGUUUGUGUUUGUGUGUGUGUGUGUGUGUGUGUGUGUGUGUGUGUGUGUGUGUGUGUGUGUGUGUGUGUGUGUGUGUGUGUGUGUGUGUGUGUGUGUGUGUCUUUAUCUGUGUGUAACACCGGAACAGAUUAAUAUUAAAACUUUCUGCCAGUCAUUAGUGUGAGCUUUCAUCCGUGGGCCACAGCCAGCCAUACCUGUGCCGCGCCGGAACACUGCUGGGCCACACUCCCGGACCCGCACAAAGGCCACAUUUCAAUCUGGAUCACGCUGGGCAUUUACUUGGGCCACACCGAGGCUUCACGCAGGCCACACUGUGAUCCUCACCUGGGCUCACGUAGCGUCGUGUAAAUAACUCACUAUAUUACAUAAAUUGACUAGCAUUAUUUUUUGUACAUAUAACUCAAUACUGUUUCAUCUCUAGAACUGUAACAAGCAUGAGGAGUAACUACUCAUUUUGUACUCGAUCAAUGGUGGUGUUCAGUGUGGUGUCCAUAUGGGUGUCUGCGUUGCUGCGGCGGGGACGGGAGCAAGGGAAGCAGAGCAAGCGUGUGUGCGUGUGUCUGUGUGUGUGCCUCUCUUGGCAGGUCACAGCUCAGCGCUCGGAAGUCUAAGUGUCAAAUGUUAUAUGAAGGUCAGUCACAUUCAGGGUCAGAGUUCAAUGAUCUGAACACCUCAGGUCAUGGCUGCAGGAAACAAUAUUCCUGUUAUAUCUUUGACCACAAUAAAUUUAUAUCCAACG